AUAAACAGUCUGUCUUCAAACUUGGAACAAUGACGACGUACGUGCAGAACUACAGGCUAGACGAAAAUGUUUUUAUUGAAACCAAUAUACAAUCCAACGAGUACGACGCAGUGGUUUUACUGCUAUACCCAGAAGAACUAAAGGUGAAGCUGCCGAAACAUGUUGAGAGCUUCGUGAAUUCCGCAGCAAAGCUCGACAAACAUGUCACUAAAGAAGCCACCGUGUGGAACUGCGAAUAUGUGUCUGGAGGAAGAUUGGUCCUGAGUCCGACAGGGAAAAUCACUCCGUACCAUGACGUGAGAGUGGUUGGGGAAGCUGCGAAGAAAGGCGUCUUAAGAGCACUCGAUGCCGGCGCUAAAAAACCUUUGGUGGUCGUUCUAAACGUAGUGGAAUAUCCUGACGGGCAAUUGGUAGCCAUUCUUGGAGCAUUAGAAGCGCUGUACGUUCCUCUGCAACUCAGAGAAAGGGAGGACCCGAAAAACUACAUCAGAAUCGGAUUCCACGCGCAGGAGCAGCUCUCACCGUGCUUUCAGAAGAUCGUCCGGAAUGCUAUUGCUUUGGAAAGGUCCCGGAUAGUUGCCAGGGAUAUAGCUGGAGGUGACCCUGAGAGGAUGGCUCCGGGGAAGAUCGUGGAGUACGUCAAACACGCUUUUGCUGGGUACAGCAAUAUAUCUAUCAAUGUAAUCGAAAAUGAAGAAGAAAUUGCCAAAGAUUAUCCUCUUUUAGCUGCUGUAUCCAGGGCUGCUAACCGUGUGGAUCGCCACAAAGCUAGAAUAGUCGAGAUUGUGUACACUCCGACCACUUCCACGCGCGUUUCUGAAACCCUGAUGUUGGUAGGCAAAGGAGUGACGUACGACACUGGUGGCGCUGAUAUUAAAAUUUCUGGAAAAAUGGCCGGCAUGUCGCGCGACAAAUGUGGUGCUGCUGCCGUUGCUGGUUUUCUGCGAGCCUGUUCAAUAUUAAAACCUACCCAUUUGAAGGUUAUUGGAGUGCUAUGUCUAUGCAGGAACUCGGUCGGCGAAGAUUCUUACGUGGCCGACGAGUUGCUGGUCUCCAGAAGUGGGAAAUCAGUUCGAGUGACGAAUACUGACGCGGAGGGUCGUUUCGCAAUGGCCGAUUCUGUUUUCAAGAUGGCCGAAUUAGCUGAUAACGAACUUAACCCCCACAUUUACACCAUAGCAACCUUGACAGGUCAUGCUCGAGCUUGCUAUGGAGGAUACUCUGCUGCUAUGGAUAACCACAGUGCACGAGCAACGAAUCAUUCCAACCGGCUGCAAUUCAGUGGUGGAAGAGUGGGAGAAGGCAUUGAGGUGUCUAUCGUCAGGCAUGAGGAUAUGGCAGUGAAUGUUGGAAAAUGCAAAGGCGAUGAUUUGCUUCAGGUGGAUAUGGAGACUACGUGCCGCCACCAUCAGCUAGCUGCAGGAUUCUUAAUCAAAGUGGGAGGUUUGGAAGAGAGGAACGUGAAAUAUACGCACUUGGAUAUCGCAGGAGCAGCAGGGGCACCUCCUAAGGAACCUACGGCAGUCCCUAUAUUGACUUUGUGUCAUGUUCAUAAAAUAUUGUUGCAAUAAUAAUAAUAUGUCAUUGGCUUUUUUGAUAGCAACGUGAAAGGAAAGAUAAUGUAGAUUUACGUAAACAUAGUGAUAUAAAUGUACAG